AUGUUCGAUGCCUUCGAAUUUCUCCAGCAGCCUAUUACCUUGAGGAAAUGUGUAUAUUGGCAUUUGAACUCGCAAUUGAUCGAUUUGAAGCCGCCUGCAACCCAUGAACUAUUCACUAGCACUUUUACGUCAAAGAAGAAGACUUCUCGAAAAUCAAAAAGCUUGCGAGGCUUGCAAAAGAAGCUGCGAAGGUUUGUGGAACUUUACAGCUAUAUGCCAGAAUUCGUGGACUCUUGGUUGGAAUACAUGACAUAUCUGCGGUUCGAUUGCAUAGUGCUGGACUAUUUGAGAGUAAACAGGGAGUUGGAAAGCCAACUAACGCAAUUGCAUUGGAUAUUCAUCUCUGGUGAAUUGAAAUUGGGCUUAUUUAGUCCCGAUGGGCUACUACAAUUUUGGUGCUCUCUGGAAGAGUAUCAAACCUUGAUUGAUAAUGAUCUAAACCUUUCAACAGUGCUGGACCUCGAGCAUAUUAACGAAAAAGAGUUAAAAGCGCUAGACGCACAGUUGGAGAGUAUGGAGCGGAAAGAUUGGGUGCAUCAAGUGAAAUUCUACCACGAUGAAGAAACUGUCGAAAAAUCUCAAAUUUUGGCUCUCAUUGGAAUGCUGGAUAGUCUGAAGAGUCUUCAAACCAUAGCAGUCACCAAUGAAAGCAUGUUCGAAAGAGUAGUGAACUUCCAUGGAUUCAGAGAUCAUCCUGGACAUACCAUUGGAUAUGCGGUGAAGAGAAGAGUAGCAACGCUGGAACUUAGUCGCUGUGGGUCUCUGGGGCUCGGAAAAGCGGUUGCCAAUUUGUCGCGCUGGGAAGCGGUGGGGAAGGUGACAUUUGCUUUCUUAGAGGAGCUGGAUAUGAACCAAGUAAUACUCCCGCCGCGUUGUGUGUGGCUACGAUUUUACAAGAUAAAAAAGCUGAAAUGGUGGAGCGCUGAGGAGCUACGUAGUAGAUUACCAGGUUCGUGUUUACGAUCCGAUACUCUCGAUCAAAUCCUUGAGGCCGGAAUCAAAAAUAUUGCGAAACAUAUGGACUCCUCUGAGUUAUACAAAUGCAAAGCUCUAUUAUGGGACAUUUUGCGCCACAUUCACCGGGUGCAACUGAUCGACGUCAGGGACAUCGAGCCCGUCCCAAUUUUGCCCAUGUGUUUAUACAACAGUGGUCAAGUGCAAUGUUCUGGGACAAGCAAAGCGGACCAGGUUAUUUUUCUAUAA